CCCUAAACGCAGAGCUACAGUGUGACGGUUGUUUAUAUAAUCUUGGCGAGCAAAUUUGGUUACAGUUUGUCGACAUAACAAGGAAGAAUCAGCAUAGUGUGAGUCAAGUAACCCGGUUUCAGUAUGUAUUUUAAGAUGAUUGUGCCGUUUUUGGCCAUGAUUUUGACCGUGGCGAACGCUGGGAUGACCGGAGGCCUAAUGGAUACAGACAUGGAAGAUGAAGGAGCUCAGAAUGCGUUACAGUUCGCAGUGGCCCACUACAACAGACAAAGCAACGAUGCGUUUGAGAGUCGGGUUUCCGAGGUCAUCAGUGUCCAAAAACAAGUUGUGUCUGGCCUGAAAUACAUCUUCAAUGUGAACAUCGGCAGAACCAGCUGCAGAAAGGGUGACGUUGAAACCCUGUGUGCCAUUCAUGAGGAUCCCAGUGUUGCAAGGGUCACUCCAUGCAAAAUAACAGUUUGGAGCCAGCCAUGGAAAAAGUACAUUAAAGUCCUUGAAAACAGCUGCCUGCAGUAGAGCUUGUUUUUAAUGCAGUUUACAGCUUUUUUUAACAUUCAUGCAGCAAUAAAAUGUACUUGCUAUGGGUAAUAAUGGUAAACCUUAAGUCUUUGCUCUUGAUAAAAACCAAUUUUUUGAUAACAUACACAUCAUCAACACAUAAUUGUGUAAUCUCAUUAGCCAUUGCUCCGAAAAAGCUACUUGUAGGAAUUUCUAAAUGAUAAAAUGCAUGUUUCUGUAUUACUUCCUACUUUACUAAUAAACCAUGGUUAAUCUCAA